AUGGAGGAACGUCAUGCUUUAAAAUCUCUAGCAAGUAAUGAAAAAAUAGUAGUGACCAAAGCGGACAAAGGUGGGGCGAUUGUUAUUUGGGACAAGUUGAAAUAUGAAAGUGAGGCUAACAGACAAUUGCGGGACCCUAUUUCAUACAGUUUGUUGUCUAUGGAUCCUUGUCAAGGGUUUAAAUUUGCUGUAGACAAGUUUCUUUUUGAAGCUAAACAACAGGGUAUACAACGUAGUUGCCAUCCACCACAUAUGGUUAAUAAUAUCCCAGUGGCCCAGUUCCAGAGAGUUAGACGCAUUUGCUCCAAUGCUAGUGACUAUAAACAAGCGAGUGACCUAAAAUACAGGUUCCAAGCUCGGGGUUAUGAUAAAGGGUCAAUAGAUAAAGCAUAUGACAAAGUUCAGACUAUGGAUAGGGGUGAUUUGUUGAAGGACAAGAUUAAACACACAUCAGUGUUUGUGCAGGCUGGCCUAAUUGAAGCAAAUGGAGAGUUGAAAGUUUUUAUAGACCAAAAUCUCAAUCCUGGUAAAGGGGUGGUAUCUCUACUUGCUGUGCAUCCUUCUUCAGUUCAUACGCUUGGAAAACAAAUUUUACCGAAAACAAUUGGACAGUCCAACAUUAGUAUUACUCCACAGAUGGUGAUUGGUACCCCUCAGCGACCCACAGGACCAAAUACAGUCUUAGUUGGAAGUCCACAUACUCCAACUGCUCAUUUACUUUCACAGAACCAAGCAGCAGAUUCCUCUCCAUGGUCUGCCAGCAAAAGAAACAAAAAAGGAGAGAAGAACGGCAAAGGGCUGCGACAUUUUUCUAUGAAAGUUUGUGAAAAAGUACAGAACAAAGGAACAACAUCUUACAAUGAAGUGGCUGAUGAGCUUGUGGCAGAGUUCAGCAAUCCUGAUAAUCAUAUAUCUCCAAAUGAAUCCCAAGCAUAUGACCAGAAGAAUAUUAGAAGACGUGUUUAUGAUGCCUUAAAUGUACUUAUGGCAAUGAAUAUAAUAUCAAAAGAAAAAAAGGAAAUCAAGUGGAUAGGACUCCCAACAAAUUCAGCUCAGGAAUGUCAAAAUUUAGAGGUGGAAAGACAGCGACGGCUUGAGCGAAUAAAGCAGAAGCAAUCACAGUUACAAGAACUCAUAUUACAGCAAAUUGCAUUUAAGAAUCUGGUACAGAGAAACCGUCAGAAUGAGCAGCAAGCAACGCGAUCACCACCAGCAAACUCCGUAAUUCACCUACCGUUUAUCAUAGUGAACACCAGCAAGAAAACUGUGAUUGAUUGCAGUAUAUCCAAUGACAAAUUUGAAUAUCUUUUCAAUUUUGAUAACACAUUUGAAAUUCAUGAUGACAUUGAAGUUCUAAAACGAAUGGGAAUGGCUUGUGGCCUGGAGUCAGGAAACUGUUCCCCAGAAAACCUUAAGGUUGCAAGGAGUUUAGUACCAAAGGCACUAGAACCAUAUGUAACAGAAAUGGCUCAGGGGUCAAUCAACAGUGUAUAUGUUGCAUCAACAGGUUCAUCUUCAAAUAAUGCACGAUUUUCCUCUAGUGACUUUUCAAAUGGUGAAGAUAGACUACUGCCUACAAGUUCUAAUGGGUCUCAGUACAGUGGCUCCAGAGUGGAGACUCCCGUUUCUUAUGCAGGGGAUGAUGAUGAGGAUGACGACGAUUAUGAUGAAAAUGACGACGACGAUUAAUCUUGUUUUUUGUAGAUGUUUCUUCGUCCACCAGAUCAACAUGUUUCAGGAAUAAGUCUGAAUGCCAUUUUCCUAUAGAACUGAAUUUCCCCAACACUGUGAAUAGAUCACACAACUCCUAUAUUAAGGGGAUUUCUGUUUAAGGCUUUUUUCAUGUGGUGUGGCUGUUUUAAUACCAUUGUGUUACUGCGGAUCUCUUUCUUUACCCCAAUUUUUAAAAGGAAAUUGGCAUCUGUUUUAACCAUUUGGAAGCCCUUUCUUUGAAAAAAAAAACUGUAUUGAACAAAAAGUAAUAUAACAAUAAACUGCUGUCCUUUGUAGAGCAAUGAGA